AAGAGGAGGAGGAAAAGGAGGAGGAUGGUGAGAGGUCAUCGUCUGAUCUAAUGUAAUCGAUCCGACACUCAGUGUGUGAGUGACAUGCGCAGUGAGGGACACGGAGGGGUAUAAAGUGAGCUAAUGAUCGACUCGUGUGAAAUGGGCUUGUGCUGUUCCUCUCCUGGGGCUGGAGAGGAGAGUCUGCACGGCGAGGUCUGAUGUUCUGAGGAAGCGUCUGAUGUAUGUUCUCAGGAGCAGCAGUAUCUGAAGAGGCUUGCAUGAUGGUCAGGAGCCAAUUUAUACUCUUCACAAUGAUCCUCCUCCUCCUCCUCCUCCUCCUCCUCCAUACCGGAUCAGUGGCAUGUUUCAGGGACAAUGGACACGUCACUCAUCCCGAUGGCGGGAAAAAGACACACAAAGCCACAGCAGCUGCUGUUUUCUGAAGCAGAAAGCAGAAUCUUUUCCCAGAAUCUUCCAGGACAGACUUCUGUUGCGGAUGAAACAGGUGAAGGCACGAGACGCAGUUAAAGGGCGUGUCUUUGCACUGCGUGCUGGAGUUCUGAGUGGAGGAACCACACUGUCAGCGGUGUGAGAGACAUGGAGGCAGCAGCCAGCCCGAGAGAAAUCUCUCCGAAAGAGAAUCCGCACAAAGCGGCGUUAAUUCUGGCCAGAGGAGGGAGCAAAGGGAUCCCCCUGAAGAACGUCAAGGUCCUGGCUGGAGUUCCUCUCAUCGGCUGGGUGAUCCGAGCAGCGCUGGACUGUGAGCUUCUCGACAGCGUCUGGGUGUCCACAGACCACGAUGAGAUUGAGUGCAUUGCCAAACUCUGGGGCGCUCGGGUGAUUCGCCGGAGUCCCGAGGUGUCCAAAGAUUCCUCCAGUUCACUCGACACCAUCCGCGAGUUCAUCAGACUGAGGCCAGAGGUGGACAUUAUUUGUCACAUCCAGGCCACUUCUCCAUGUCUGCACCCUUACCACAUUAAAGAGGCGCUAGAGAUGAUCACGGAGGAGGGAUAUGACUCGGUGUUUGCCGUGGUGCGCCGACAUCAGUUCCGCUGGACGGAGGUGAAGAGAGAAGAAGGUAAGAACCCUGUUCCUCUGAACCUGGACACCUCCAGGAGACCACGCCGUCAGGACUGGCCAGGAGAGAUCUGUGAGAACGGUUCCUUUUACUUCACCAGGAGAGAACUGUUGGAGAAGGGCUUUCAGCAGGCUGGCAGAAUCGCCUACUACGAGAUGCUUCCUGAGCACAGUGUGGAUAUCGACGUGGACAUCGACUGGCCCGUAGCAGCUGAAAGAGUCCUCAGGUUCGGAUAUUUCGGGCGUGAUGAGUCCAGAGUGAUUAAGCUGUUGUUCUGCUCCGUGUCCGGCUGUCUGACCGAUGGACAGAUUUACAUGUCGGUCUCUGGGGAGGAGCUGGUGUCCACCAACACACAAGAUCUCAGCGCCGUUCACCUGCUGCAGAGCGAGAACGUCGAGGUGAUCCUGAUCUCCUCCAGCAAUGACCCGGUGUCUGAGGUUCUGUCUGAAAAGCUGGCUGAGCGUGCAGGAUGUGUUCUCCGCUACAGAGUCCAGAACAAACAGGCUGAAGCGGAGAGUCUGAUGAAGGAGCGAGGCCUGCAGUGGGGAGACGUGGCCUUCUUUGGUACGGAUCUGCAGGAUGUGGAGUGUUUAUCCAAGGCUGGCUUUAGUGGGGUUCCUCCAGGAGCUCUUGCUGCCUCGGUCAUCGCCUCUAAAUACACCUGCAAGAACGCCGCAGGCCACGGAGCGCUGCACGAGUUUGCUACUUACCUUCUCCAGCUGAAGAAGAAAACCCUUUCGACCCCAAAUCAUGACAACAUCGAUAGGAAAAAUUUUUAGAGGAAAUAGAAUGUGGGUUUUGCCAUGUUGCCUUGAAAUGCAUUUAAAUUCUGGGGUUUUUCCCAAAUCGUUUCUGUUCUUGGUUUGAUUUGAUUGGUGGUUUGGUGUGCUGCAGGGUUGAGCACUGGUGAUUGAAAAAAAUGAAAUUUGGGCUGUUAUUAUGCAAUUAAACAUGUGAGUGUUCAAUAAAUGUUCAAAACUUG